AUGGGGAGAGCGGCAGCAGAAUGGGGAGAGCGGCAGCAGAAUGGGGAGAGCGGCAGCAGAAUGGGGAGCAGAAUAAAACUCUCCCGUUCACAGGUCACAGUUAACAUGUUCUCAGAGCUAAUCCACGAGUACACUGUAGAAGGUCAACUGAACCUCCUCGGUGCCUUUAUUGACUAUUCGGUGAGCAGCUUGGCUCAGACUACCAAAUUGCUGCAUACAACGACCAGAGGAAGAGGCCACCCAGAGACACAUGCAGAAACAUCUAAGAAAUUACACCGAGAACUCUUGCCGGCAGCUGAGGCACUCACGUUGACACUGAGAACUACAACUCGUCACAGUGUUGAACCUGCAACGGGAGACCUGGCAGGUGUUGAACCUGCAACGGGAGACCUGGCAGGUGUUGAACCUGCACCGGGAGACCUGGCAGGUGUUGAACCUGCACCGGGAGACCUGGCAGGUGUUGAACCUGCACCGGGAGGCCUGGCAGGUGCUGAACCUGCAACGGGAGGCCUGGCAGGUGCUGAACCUGCAACGGGAGGCCUGGCAGGUGUUGAACCUGCAACGGGAGACCUGGCAGGUGUUGAACCUGCAACGGGAGACCUGGCAGGUGUUGAACCUGCAACGGGAGACCUGGCAGGUGUUGAACCUGCAACGGGAGGCCUGGCAGGUGUUGAACCUGCAACGGGAGGCCUGGCAGGUGUUGAACCUGCAACGGGAGGCCUGGCAGGUGUUGAACCUGCAACGGGAGACCUGGCAGGUGUUGAACCUGCAACGGGAGACCUGGCAGGUGUUGAACCUGCAACGGGAGACCUGGCAGGUGUUGAACCUGCAACGGGAGACCUGGCAGGUAUUGAACCUGCAACGAGAGACCUGGCAGGUGUUGAACCUGCAACGAGAGACCUGGCAGGUGUUGAACCUGCAACGAGAGACCUGGCAGGUGUUGAACCUGCAACGAGAGACCUGGCAGGUGUUGAACCUGCAACGAGAGACCUGGCAGGUGUUGAACCUACACCGGGAGACGAGAAAAUAAUAGUCAACUCCAUCCACAAUUUCAGAAGUAGGAAAGAUCGUGUAGGCUUGUGCCGGAACUCGCUGCAUUUCUGA